AUGAAAGAGAGGCACUUGCAAAAAGAAGCUGAAUAUAUAGGUGGGGAUUUAAAAGCCUUACUAAGGAUGUUGGGCAUACUUAUAAAAAAUGGGAAGUUACCAAAAAAUUUUAAGCAAAGUGACAAAGUUAGAGUUAGCUUUGUGGAAAAAAAAAAAAAAAGUCAAUCUCCUAAGAAUGAAUUGGAAGAAGGCACAAAUGAAGAGGCUAUGCAACUCUCUACUGAAGAGGGACUCUCCCCAGAGUGCAUACAUAGAGAUGUGAAGCGAGAAAAUAUCCUCAUCACAAAACAUUCAGUGAUUAAGCUCUGUGACUUUGGAUUUGCUCAGCUUUUGACUGGACUGAGUGACUACUACACAGACUAUGUGGCCACCAGGUGGUACCGCUCCCCAGCACUCUUGGUGGGGGACACGCAGUACGGCACCCCAGUAGAUGUUUGGGCAGUUUGCUGUGUCUUUGCUGAGCUGCUGUCAGGGGUGCCUCUGUGGCCAGGAAAAUCAGAUGUAGAUCAGCUCUGUCUAAUCAGGAAGACCUUGGGAGAUCUCAUUCCUAGGCACCAACAAGUAUUUAGCACAAAUCAGGACUUCAGUGGGGUGAAAAUUCCAGACAGUGAAGAUAUGGAACCACUGGAAUUAAAAUUUCCAAACAUCUCUUAUCCUGCCCUGGGGCUCUUAAAGGGCUGUCUCCACAUGAAUCCUGCUGAGAGACUGACAUGUGAACAGCUGUUACAGCAUCCAUAUUUUGACAGCAUCAGAGAAAUGGGGGCUUCGGCCAAAGAGCUUGACCGACCGGUAAGGAAGACCCUAAGACAGAACCGAAAGCACCUGCCUGGGUUGCAGGGCCUACCUCAGCUGACCAGCAGUGGCUUCCUUCCAGCUUUGGAUAAUAAGAAGUACUACUGGAAUAUGAAGAAACUGAACUACCAAUUUCCAAACAUUUAA